ACAAUUUUUUCCAGAGAUGCCAAUCAAACUACAAAUGUCUUUGGACCAGGGGAGGAAACCGGAGUACCCGGAGGAAGACCCCGAGGCACGGGGAGAACAUGCAAACUCCACACACACAAGUCGGAAGCGGGAAUCGAACCCCCAACCCUGGAGGUUAAGACCGUGUGGUUUGACAGAUGAAGGUCUUGUUGCUCUGACUUCAGCUCUGAAUUCAAACCCGUCACACUUGAGAAAACUGGAUCUGAGUGUAAAUCCACUAAGAGACUCAGGAGUUGAACAUCUCUGUGCUCUUCUGAGUAAUUCACAAUUCAGACUGAAAACACUCGAUCUGUCUGAUUGCAGUAUUAAAAAGAAACGACGUGACAAGCUGAUUUCAGCUCUGUGUUCAAACCCGUCACAUCUCAGAGAACUGAACCUCAGUGGAAAUAAAAUAAAGGACACCGGAGUGAAGCUCUUGUGUCGACUACUUGAACAUUCACAAUGCAAACUGGAGAAACUGAAUCUAUAUUGGUGUAAUAUCACAGAUGUCACUGCUUUAGCUGAUACUUUGGCUCAGACACAAGCAUUAAGUUUCUUAAAGGUGCUUGAUCUGAGACACAAUAAAAUAAAAGAACACAAGCUGCUUCGUGAAGUGCUAAAGAGAUCAAACUGUGAACUGAUGUGA